AUGUCCUCUAACGGACUCUGGACCCAGGCUUUACCGGACAACAAAUCUAUGGUGCAGGAUUCUUCACCGGUUGCUCAGCGAAAGGAUGAUAAACAAGAAGAUAAGGAUCGAAAAGAAGGCAAUCCCGAGCGCGGACCGCACUCAGAUAAUGACUUCGUCCAGAAUCCAUUCUACGAAAUUGACAAGGCUCACGAGGAGCGUCAACGACGAGAAUCAGAAAUAGCAGAAGACCGAAACUCCCCCUAUAACGACGACGACCCUACAUUCAUGGGCUUCUCUCCUUCCCCCUCUCCACGCAGGACGAAACGCGAGCCCAACAACCCCAAAUCUACGACCAAAUCCCAAGAGGAAUCCCAAAUAAGCUCCGUCCCGGAAUCCCAAUGGCAAGAAGCCAGUGAAAACAAAGAACACAAAACAGAUGCACCGACGGAGGAACACCAACUACCACACGCAUCCCAGUUCUCGGACAUCGACUUCGUGGACCUGACUCAAUUUAGUCCACCCGCGUCCAUCGAGGGUAGUGAUGAGGAUUCCGCAAGGUCGCAGCGACUGCGGAAGGGUCCGGGAUGGGUGCAGAAGAAUAUCCCGCCAACAAAGCGACGAACGAGGAAGUCGAAGGAUGUUAAUGUUAGCUCGCCGAGUUCAAAGGGGAGGCGGAGGAGGACUUGA